AUGUCUCUCCUCAGAACGGUCCUCCGCACUUCCCUACGGACACCCCGCCCGGCACAAUUUACGCGUCGAUAUGCCUCGCAAUCCUCGAAGAGUAACAAGACUUCCGAAAUGCCGAUGUUGGUGUUGUCUGCACCUCUCACAAAGCUAUUCGCUAAUCUCCAUAGUGCCGUGGCAGUAGCAACCGUCACCGCCGCAGGAGGCUACUACCUUCUCCAAUCCGGCCCGGAAAGCAAAUUGCAUCAUGAGACUGACCAAUACGCCAAGGGCGAAGCAAUCGAAUCCGGAUCGAAAGCGAGCGAGUCUACGCCUCAACCAGACCGCGACUCGGAGCAGAAAGUUUCUCCAUCUGGGUCGAGCGGUGGUGGUUCACUGGGACAGCCGCCUUCAAAUGUAGAUCCUGCGAGUUCACGCAAAGAAGCGGGCGGUGCUGGAACUAUUUCCGGAAAACAGGCUGGUCUAUCAAAUGCUACGACGGAUAACCCGUUCAUCAAUGAGCCGGGUAAGAGUAAGAAGGGCGAAGGAGAGACCGAGACGGCCAAGGUUAAGGGAUCGGUAUCUACAGGCCGACCUCAAGCGUGA